GCGAGGUGAGAGACGACGACGACGCCCGCGACGCUCACGAGGACGCGCCGCGACGAUUCCUCGCGACAAGCGUACGAAACGCGUCGUAGUGCGAUCAGAGCGGACAUGCCAGUGACGGAAGUUCCAGACGACCAGUAUCAAACGAAAAAAACGAACGAGAAGACGACAAUUACGAAAUGCGCUACAAGUCGAUUGCGAGGAAGUUACAAACACAAGAAGGCAGCGAAGAUGAAUUAGAGCUGUCCACACAAUCCGUAGAUGUUUGCGAAGACGACGUAGACAUGGAGACAACUCAACGACAAGAUUACGAUUUUAGUAAUAAUAAUCCGGACAUUUCGAAGGAUUCAUUAAAAUUAACGUUAAAACCUCUCGAUCAAUUGUAUCCGGUUGAAAAAUUUUUUAAGGAUCCAAUUUCCGGUUAUUCGGAACCUUUUAAAUACGUCAAUGAUAAAUUGGCCGAAUUGAAUGGGUUAAAAGGGGACUCAGUGAUGUAUCUGAAAGCGAUUGAAGUGGUUAUCAUGGCGGGGAGUUUACCGCAAGAAGUUGAGGCGAAAGAAAACGGUGUUUUCGCCAAGUUUGGUAUCGCCAGGGGUACGAAAUAUGGACCUUUUCAAGGUAAAUGGGAAGGGGUGCCUCAAGAUGCUAGAUUCGCUUGGGAGAUCGUCGCUGGGACGAGAGUUCGCGGAUGGUUAGAUGGAUCCUCGGACAGUCAGAAUUGGUUAAAAUUGAUAAGGAGUUCAACAGGGAAAUCUUCUUGUAAUGUUAGACAUUGUUUGCAAGGUGGGCAACUUUGGUACGAAGUCACAACUAAUAUAACACCGGGAGAAGAAUUAAUUUUAGAACCGAAAGAGCCGUUAAAUCUUCAAGAUAUGUUUGGAGAUUCCACUUCAGCCGAUGAAAGAUCUGAUAGGGAAACUGCUUCCCAACAUUCCGGAACCGUUGAAGACGAACGGGAGGACGCCGAAGAAGAUGAGAACGAAAGUAGAUGUAGCGUUUGCGAUCAACCGUUCGCUGAUGUUGAUAAAUUAGAUGAUCACUUAAUAACGAAACACAACUACAGAAAAGACGAUUAUCGUUGCGAGCUGUGCCCAAAAGCUUACUCAUUUCGACCAAAUUUAAUAAAACAUCGUUCCGUCGUUCACGGCGAGCACCGGAAAUAUCACUGCGAAAAUUGUACAAAGGUGUUUACUGACCCGAGUAACUUGCAGAGGCAUAUCAGGACCCACCACGUGGGUGCGAGAAGCCACGCGUGUCCAGAUUGCGGUAAAACAUUCGCCACCUCUUCAGGAUUGAAGCAGCACACCCAUAUUCAUUCGUCUGUGAAACCAUUUCAAUGCGAAGUAUGCUUUAAAGCGUACACACAAUUCUCAAAUUUGUGCCGCCACAAACGGAUGCACGCCGAUUGUCGGAUGCAGAUUAAAUGCGGAAAGUGUGGACAAACAUUCUCAACGGUCACUUCAUUAACGAAACAUAAACGAUUUUGCGACUCAACAACUCCGAGUCAAAUCACAACACCGAAUCAACUCCAAAUGAACCCGAUUGGAAAUAAUAACCAUUUUUCGAUGCAUAGACCCCCGGGGUAUCACCUCCCGUUUUUCGCUCCCCAUUUUUCCCCCGUUCAUUUAUUAUUUCCCCCCGGAAACCUCCAAUCCAGUUUUAUAACACCCCCACUUUUUAAUCAAAUGAGUACCGCUAAAGUUGUUAAUGAAUCGAAUUUAAAUAACGAUGAGGCGAAUUUCCAAGAUUCUUUGUUGGGGAGAAAAAGGAAAAUGGAGGUAACUCCCCCCGUUUUGAAAAAAAUUUCGAGAUUAUCAAGCCCUGAGAGGAUCUCGCCGAAUACCCCACCUGGUUUAGCUAAGAUUAGCCCAUCAACGGGGGAGGAGGCCCAUUUGGGGCCUUCGCCGGUUAGGCCAGGAUUGUGCGGGUUUUUUAGUGGGGGGUCCAAAAUUGCGAGUGGAUCCGAAGACGAAGAAACGAAUCAAAUUUCGAAGGUUAAUAACGAAAAGUUGUUGAGGAUAGAGGAGUUAUCGAAAUGUUCUUCGAGUAGCGAUGACGAGGAGCAAAAACCGCUAGAUUUAAGCUUAGGAAAGAAAAAUGAAAAUAACGUUAUAGAAGAAGACGUGGAAGAUUUAGCUCAGGAAGACGAAAAAAUCGAAAUCGUCGAGGUUGAGGACGUCGAAAAACCCUCAAUCAAAGAAGACAACUUUGAACGAAAUAAACCAACGAUGGUUUACCCCAGACCGAUUCAUCCGAUGUUUAUGGAUAUAUACAGACCAAAUUUUAGCUUCCAAAAUCACCCCCAUCCAUUUGGGCCCCCCACAAGAUUCCCGUUUCUUAAUCCUUUACAACAACAGCGAAAUUACGACUUAUUAAGACCGAAUCUCCAAUCGUUUCCGAAUUUAAAACCGUACGAUGUACUCCCAACUCAAAAUCCUUUAGUACACCCCGGAAAAAUAAAAGAUCGUUACGCUUGCAAGUUCUGCGGAAAAGUUUUUCCGAGAAGUGCGAAUUUAACGCGUCAUUUAAGAACACACACAGGUGAACAACCUUAUAAAUGCCGGUAUUGCGAGAGAUCGUUUAGUAUUUCGAGUAAUCUCCAACGACACGUGAGGAAUAUCCACAAUAAAGAGAAACCGUUUAAAUGUCCUUUAUGCGAUCGCUGUUUUGGGCAACAAACCAAUUUAGAUCGGCAUUUAAAGAAGCACGAAUCUGAUGAUGGGACCGGAACUGUAGCUGUUGCGGAUUCGCCGGGGAGUAGCAACGAAAAUGAUCGCGAGGAUGCGUGUUUCGAUGAAAUUCGGAGUUUUAUGGGAAAAGUGACGUAUUCUGGAAUGGAUCAUUUCAAUCAAACCCGGUUGUACACCCCGCCGAGUAACCAAAACGUUUCGAAAGACGAUGACGACUCCGAAACGUACUCGGAGAGCUCGCCCCCCGAAGAUUACUCAACGAAAAUCGACAUCAAACAAGAAAAGGAUGAGAUUAUUAAUAACAACGACCAAAAUUUAGAGAUAUCCACGGUUUAGUGUAGAUUAUUUCGAGAAAAUUAACAGUUCCUACACUUCUUAUUCGGAUUUUUAAUCACCGACUUUUUCCUUCUUAUAGGGCACUUAAAUCUCUUUAUAAAAAGUUUUAAAAGUAAAUAAAAUUAAAAAGGAAACACAAAUUUGUAGGUACGCAACGAAAUAACGAAAAAACAGUGAUGAAAAGGAUAUUGUUGUUGAAUUAAUUCGUCUUAACACGUAAUUAAAAAGUGAAGUAAGGUUUUUUUGUACAUAGUAUAAAUAAUUAAAUAUUUUAAACAAUUUUUUUUUUAAUUUUAAACGUUUAAGUUUUUGUAUAUAUUGGGUGCAAUAAGAAACCCGAAUUUAAUGGAUUUCGAUUCAAAAAAUGUUUAAAAUAGAUACGGGUCGAAAUCCGAUGUAGGAGGAUUAAAAAUUAAAAUAAAAAUAAUGUACGUAGUUUAUAUUAAUAAAAAA